UGAAGCACAAUAAAGUGCAGUCCAACCAGUCUGCAACAAAACAUACAACAAUGGAAUCUAGUCUCUCACAUGUUGUACAAUCCUAAGAGCACAAAUGUUACAAUAUAAACUGAAAGGAUAGACAAUAGCCACUACUGUUGGUGCCAACAGUGAGAUGCUAAAAGAGAAUGAAACGAAGAAGCAAGAGGAAGCUGAGAUGAAAGAAAAGAAAAGGGAGGAAAUGAAGAAGAAAAAGAAGUGGAAAGGAAAAAGGCCGAGGAGUGAGCGAGAAAGCAGGAACAAAGAGCAAAAGAGAAAGGCGACAAAAAAGCACAGAGGGGCA